CCUAUUUGUAACUUUUCGUCCGAAGAAUGAUGCAAUGCAAUGAAACGUUGAGGAAUCCACGAAAGAAAAAAAAAAUUAUAGUAACCUAAUUACAAAGUUCGCGUUUACUGGCGGAGACGAAGCAAGAUGUCGCGUUGUAAAUGUCCCAUACCAGAGGACGAUCCUUGUUCCCUGUGCUUCGAGGACAUCACGUCGAAGAUGCAGGAACGACGUUGCGAUCUUCUUGGUAGGCAGAAGUAUUUGAGGGACAAGAUCACGACGAUGGAACGAUCUAUACCGGCGUUAAUAGCGUACAAUAUGUGGACGUGCAAAAAGUGCGAGGAUGCACCGUAUUGCAAGAUUCGCGAGAUCAUGAGAAGGUUCUCACCUUACCCGGACCAAACCGAGAGAUUGCUGGACAACUUGAAGAGAACCGUGAAGGAAUUGAACGGGGAGACGGCGGAGUUGCAUGAGAAGAUUAUUCAAGCGGACGUUAAGUUAGAGGAAACGGAUAUGGAGUUGGAAUCAUUGGAACUCGUGAACAAAGAAAUGAACGACGCUCUGAACGAUCUGCAGAAGGAGGUGCGGAGUUACAAGACUCCGAGCCUUCAUUCCAUACGUUCCGAGGACAUCAUUUGCUUGUCGAAGAUCCGUCAGCUGGCCGAGGAGGAGCUGAGCCUAAAGAAUUGUAUCAAAGAGCUGGAACAGAGGGAAACGAUAUUCAAGGAGCAAAUGGAUCGACUGUUAACAUCCAGAGAAUACCAAAAUGUUUGCGGUAGACGAAAGAUCAACUGUGCUCAGGAUCUAGAAUGCAACGGGAUGAAGAUUUGUUGCGUGCCUAAGAAAUGUUUGAUGCGUUCGUCAAACGAUUUUCGUCCGAAAAAGAAACAAGCACAACAUAAAAGUGACGCGGUAGUUUCUACUUCGGAGCAGAAUAUUAAUGAGAAACCAGAUCAGGAAAUUAAACAGGAAAAAUCCGGGGAUCAGGUAGAGAAAAAAUCCUCGUGGAUGCCGAACUGGUGGAAGAAUAAUGAGAACAAAGUGGAGGAGGUGUCGUCUCAAACAAAAAGUGUUACCUCGUCGAAUCCUGAAAACAACAAAAAUGAAGAGUCUAUCGGUGCAACGCUAUCUAACUCUGAGAAAAAAGAAGAAAAAGCGAUUAACGAUAAACCAUCGAAACAAUCAAAAUCAAAGUUUUCAACCCCGUCUUGUGAACCUUGCGGACAUAUGACGUGCCCUCCAGGGACUUCUACAAAAUUGCCGAACCGUUCUCGUCCGUGCAUUGGUCCCCGAGAGAUUCAAAGUAUGAUGAAAAAAUCCUGCACAGGAAGAAUUUCUUUUUGCAAUAAGAGCUUCCCCAGAAGUUCCCCUUCGAGGAAGGGUUGUUGCGAAUUAUCGUCUUGCCCAAUCAUGGAUCAUGGUAUUCGUAAGUUGUGCAAACCAAUAUUGGUACCGCCCUGUGAUCUUAGAAGCCCGUGUGAAAUUUGUCCUUCGCCUUGCAACGGUUUUCUACACCCCAAAGGAAAUUGCAGGUGUAACUGCAAGGGUAAAUGUGCACUAGGAUUGUCGGAUGCGGAGUGCAAUUGCAGUGAUGCACUGAACGAUUAUCAUCCAACUGGCUCACAGUAUCUAAACACGCACAUGGAGGACAGUAAUAGCGAGGAUGAAUUUUGCGAAUGUUGUUCCUGCGGUUGCGAGGACAGCGAUGCAUCUUUGCCGUGCCAGUGCAACUGACCUAUUGAGAUAUUUUAUAUCAGACCUACGAAUGGAAAAAUUGUUACCGAAGGCUAUAAACGAAGGAGUUUGAAAAAUCUGAAAAAAAUAAGAGAAAAGGAAAGGAACGGUACCUUUGAUCCCCCAAAACUGUACUGCCCUGUUUCAUAAGUGUUUUCUGCGCAUGCGAUUCUCGAUCAUACAUGUGUGCGAUCUUGCAUAAUAAGUUUUAUGUCUUAUACAGAAAGAUUUCUUUGUGUCUGUAUCUCGAUCGUAGUCCCUGGGAUGCCGGUAAAUUCGUUAACGAGAAACGGGCCCUAUGGAAAAUUACAGAGACCGUUACAAACAGCAAGGGACGGUUGAAACCCUUGAUUGUUAAGAAUGAAUGAAUGAAUUACAGAGAAUAACAGUGUACACUCAUAACAGAAAUGGAUUGUUCUUGAAAGUGAUUUUAAUUCACAUUUCGCAGGAGAUUUCGAAUGUACGUUAAUUCUGACAAUGUCAUCUAUGGAUCGAUAAGUUGAUUGUCUUCUGACAUUUUUACGGCUUUCUGAAAACGACGCUCGGUUUCAACGAACUGGUAAACAGAAAAAAAAAACAAGAAAAAACAUAACACUAUGGUUUUAACGUUUGGAAAUAAUAAAAUGAAAAGAAAAAAAUAAAAUUCGGUGUAUACUUGAAACUAUAUUUCAUAUUUUAUAUACAUUUUGACGUUAUUCGCGUCGAUAAUACAUUUAAUUUAAAAUCAAUAAUGUUUAUUGAUCGACAUUCGCAUUCGAAGGAGCUAACCGUUUGAUGUUUGAGGUAGACUAUUUCUUUUCUUCUAAACCGUACAAUGGAUAGAGCGUUCUUCAAUAAUGUUAUUGUGUUAGCAUAUGGAAGAACAAUGAUGGUACUAAAACCUUUCAACGUUUCAAUGAGAACGAUAAUUUUUAUUUUUAUAUACAAUGUAAAGAGCUUCUAAUCAUAGAAAUAUCUUCUAUAUACAUAAUUAAAGAUAUGCGUUCUGAUAAAAAUACACGUGUAUAAUUAGAACAUUCAAAGUAUCAUAUUAUAUAAACCUUGUUCAUAAAGAUCCGAAUAAUUGAUCGGGGGUUUGAUUAAAUUCUAUUUAUCAGAGGAAAAAAAAAGAACUUUAUAAAAAAAUUUUGAAAACACUGCCAGAUGAAUUCAAUUUAUAUAGAAUACUUCUCUUUGUAAUUUAAACAAGUGAUUCUAUGCACGUGUACAACUUUAUCGUUCACUUUAUCUUAAUCUGUUAAAACGUCGAACGAUAUACCCAUACCGUUUUCCGCGAAACAGAUUUAUCGAUUUCGUAAUCGAUAAACGUAAGAACUGCACGAAUAAAACUUCGAACUACAUAAAUAUUAAACUAAAAUCUAUUUAAUGUUCACGAAGCGUUGAAUAACAUUGGAUAAAGAACACGGUGAAAUAAUACAAGGAAAGCCAUAUCCAUCCGUAGUGGAAUAGACAAUAGAUCUUGUUACAGAACCGUUGGUUGUAAACAUCUUUUAAAUUGUAUUCCAUUCCUGAACGAUUUUGUAAACUGUUCGUACCGUUCCUUCUGAAGUAAAUCCGAUCCACUAUGUCCCUUUGAUAAUUGUCUUUCGAAUAUUUCAAGCAGUUGUUUUGAUCAACCACGAUUCUGUUGUUUGAUAUAUUUUUACUAUUUAUCUGUUUAUUAAGUAUAACACCGAUUUUAUCUUUGUAGGAGGACCAGUUCAACGCGUCACCCUCGACCUGCUAGUAUGAUGUCAUUUCAAAACGAAGCGUCGAAAUUUUCCAUGGCGUUCAAUAUAUCCAAUUGAAUAGACAAGGGUCAAACGAGAGCCGAAUUGCAGCGUGGGAUUAUAUAAGUUCAAAGAGGAUAUGCCUUACUAUUUAAUUUACACCGAAACUGAUGAGCUGCUUCCUGCCAUCCGUUCGCGAUGAAACUUUCACUUCUAGAAUGGAACCCAUUUCUAACGAUGAACGCAGAUCAUACUCGCAAUUUAUCGAUAUUAAUUAAAAUGAUCAGCUUAUGUUAUUAAUGCUGCUGUUGAUAAAAAGGAUUUUCGAAGCUCGUACGUGGCUUUAUCCGAGGGCAAAAGAUCAAUUAACACUCUCUUCAAUUUGAUUAAAGGAAAUUCGGUGCACCGGCUUUGUUUCCAGGUUGUCCCAAUGGUGGAACUUUAGCUACUGGAAGCAAACGAGUGAUUUGUUCUAUGCUGAAAUUGCUGACUCCAAUGCUACGAGCUAAUCCUAACUGCACACAUUGUUCCAUUCCUUUCCAAGUUUCAAGAUAGUCCGUGUCUGAUGUUAUAGGAAUACCUUUUUCAUUUUUAGGUAACAAUUCAUCUCCUUCCUAACAAAUGAUUAGAACAUACUGUAUAAAUGUAUGAUGCUUUGGUAAUUUAAUUUCGAUUGGGUGAAUCGUUGAGUUGGAAGUUACCUUAAAAGCAAAUGGCCAGUGAAUUAGAUAGAGAUCCACGUAGCUGAGACCAAGAAGUUCCAAAGAUUUUUUGCAAGUUGGAACAACCAUAUCUUCUUUAUGGGCAUUGUUCCAAAGCUAAAACAAACAUCACUUUUUAAUUCUACGUUUAUUAAAAUUAAAAUUAAUUGAAAUAA